GCGGCGUCGCCGCCGCAACGGGAGACCGGGAACACGCAGCGCUGGCCAUAGCGGUGUGACCUGUGACUGUAUACGGGCCCGGGGAAAGGUGUUUUCUGUGAGGGACCACACGCGCCGCUAGUCUCCUCCCCCAGAGGGGCGUGGCGCAGUAGCCCCUCCCCGCCGUGUGUAACCCAUUCUCUCUCUCCCUUACCCAGAGACCAGCGCGCUCCGUCCUUGUUGGCUUCGCCAUUUUGAGGGAACCGCGACGCAGGAGAAGGAGCAUCACCGCCCGCAGCCGCCAUCGCCCACCCCGCUUACACUGUCUUCGAGCGGCGCCCGUCAUACCCAGCGGCCAUCAUGAGCUCCCCGAUUAACGUGAAGAAGCUGAAGGUGUCCGAACUGAAGGAGGAGCUGAAGAAGCGGCAGCUCAGCGACAAGGGGCUGAAGGCCGAGCUGAUGGAGCGGCUGCAGGCCGCCCUGGACGAGGAGAGCGAGGCUGGCGGCGGCCCGGCGGCAGGAGGCCUGGAGGAAGCAGCGGAGACCGGGGAGGGAAAGGAGCAGGGCGGCGGGGAGGAAGAAGAGGAGGAGGACGAGGAAGGCAUGGAGGUGGGCGGAGAGAACGGAGCCGAAGCUGCUCAGGACGAGGCAGCCGAGGAGGCGGCAGAGACCGGCCAGGAUGACGAGAACGGGGAUGACCAGGGCUUCCAGGAGGGUGAGGAGGAGGAUGAGGAAGAUGAGGGAAUCCCCGUGGGGCUAGAGGAGGAGGAGGAUGAUGACGAGGAGGCGCAGCAGGCAGAUGAGAACGGUAGCGGGAAAGAGGCCGGGGGGAGCGGGCCGCGGCCUCUCAUGGGCAUCAAAUGUGAAGAGGCCGGCGCCUCCGGGAGAAGCGAUGGAAAAGAUCAGAAGGAUAAGAAAAGAGGCGUCAAAAGGCCACGUGAAGAUCAUGGCCGCGGGUAUUUUGAGUAUAUUGAAGAAAACAAAUAUAGCAGGUCUAAGUCCCCUCAACCUCCAGUUGAAGAAGAAGAUGAGAAGCUGGAUGAAACCAGUGUUCUUCUUGACACUUAUAACUCUGACCUUCACUUUAAAAUUUCACGUGAUCGUUUAAGUGCUACUUCUCUCACUAUGGAGAGUUUUGCAUUCCUCUGGGCUGGUGGCAGGGCUACAUAUGGUGUUACUGAAGGCAAAGUUUGCUAUGAAGUGAAGAUCACAGAGAAGAUACCUGUAAAACACUUGUACACUAAAGACAUUGAUGUGCACGAAGUGCGUGUUGGUUGGUCCUUAAGCUCCACCGGGUUCAUGCUAGGUGAAGAUGAAAACUCUUAUGGCUAUUCACUGAAGGGAUCUAAAUAUUGCAACGGUGUUGCUGAAGACUUUGGUGAGAAGUACGAUGAGAAUGAUGUCAUCACCUGUCUUGCUAAUUUUGAAGGUGAUGAAAUUGAGCUUUCCUACAUGAAAAAUGGUCAGGAUCUUGGAGUGGCUGUAAAAAUUGACAAAGAUGAUUCUUCAUACAAGGCGUUAUACCCACACGUUCUCUGCCACAAUUGUGCUGUAGAGUUAAACUUUGGUCAACAGGCUGAACCAUUCUUUGCAAUUCCUGAAGGAUAUUCAUUUAUUCAAAAUAUCCCGCUUGAAGAUCGUGUGAGAGGACCGAUAGGGCCUGAACAGAAAAAGGACUGUGAGGUAAUAAUGAUGAUCGGCUUGCCAGGAGCUGGAAAAACAUCAUGGGUCACUAAGCAGGUUUCAGAGAAUCCUGGGAAGUAUAAUGUCCUUGGAACAAACAGCAUUAUGGAAAGAAUGAUGGUUGGUAAUAAGAAGAUGACUGACACAGUAAAACUAAAUGCUUUGCUUCAGAGGGCCCCACAAUGCCUUAGCAAGUUCAUUGAAAUUGCUGCUCGUAAAAAAAGGCACUUUAUUCUUGAUCAAACCAACGUGUCUGCUGCUGCUCAGAGGAGGAAAAUGUGCCUGUUUGCAGGCUUUCAGCGUAAAGCGGUUGUUGUGUGCCCAAGUGAUGAGGUGUAUAAAGAGAGAACUCAGAAAAAGGCUGAGGUGGAGGGCAAAGACCUGCCAGAACAUGCUGUUCUUAAGAUGAAAGGGAACUUUACACUACCAGAAGACAGCGAGUGCUUUGAUGAAAUAAUUUAUGUUGAAUUGCAAAAGGAAGUAGCAGAGGAACUUGUAGAACAGUACAAAGAAGAGAGCAAAAAAUCCCUUCCCCCUGAGAAGAAGCAAAAUCUAGGAGUUAAAAAACUUAACAAGAACAAAAACAACAAGACCAGAGGUGGAAUGCCCCAUGGCCAUGGUGGACACAGAGGCCGUGGAGGCGGAGGCUACAAUAUGCGUGGAGGAAACUUCAGAGGUGGAGCUCCAGUGAAUCGUGGAGGAUUCAACAGGAGGGGUAACAUGCCACAGCGUGGCGGUGGUGGAGGAGGUGGAGCAAUUGGCUACCCAUAUCCCCGCCCACCUGUCUACCAUAACAGAGGUGGCUACGGCAACCGUGGGAACUUUGGACGUGGCGGUGGUGGUGGAGCUGUAAUGCCCAGCCGUGGAAACUACAACCAGAACUUUAGAGGAAGGGGAAACAACCGCGGCUUCAAAAACCAUUCUCAGGGUUACAACCAGUGGCAACAGCAGGGUCAAUACUGGGGUCAAAAGCCAUGGAGCCAGCAGUACCACCAAGGAUAUUAUUGAAUACCCAAAUAAAAAUGAACUGAUACAUAUUUCUCUUCAAAACCUUCACAAGAAGUCGACUGUUUUCUUUAGGCUAACUUUUAAAAACAUUCCACAAGAGGAAGUGCCUGUGGGUUCUUUAUUGGUUUUGUUUAAAUCUUGUUUUAGUUGCAUUUUUUUUUGGGUUGACUUUUUUUUCUUUUGUACAUUUUUAUUGCAGUUUUUAAGUGAUUGCUAAGAACCUCAGCAUUGUGCACAGUAAGAGAAUGUGUCAGUAUUUAAGGGUUCUACAUUUUUUAUCUGUACAAUUUCAUUUAUUUUCUUUUUUUACCAUACAAAAAAAGUAAAGAUGUUGCUUUGUACCUGGUGUCUUUUUAUUAAGGAAUUUACUCCAUUAAGCCCACUGGAAGGAAGUCAGGCUAUAUGGUCAAAUAGCUCACAUGCUUACAUUGUAGACUUGUGUAGUGGUUCUUAGUCACCAUGUAAUUACCCAUCGCCUCACUAGUCUAAGGACUUGAGUGCUUAAAGUCUAUUUGCAGCAUAAGAGAAUAGUCUGAAAAAGAAGCUUUCUGAGAGAUUGGAGUGUCAUUGGCUCUUAAUGUUCUACUUUACCUGUGGAAACCGCAGACUUUAACUUGUGAAGGUUUAACACGUUUUUGUUUGUUUUUUUUUCAAUUGUUAAACAUUUUGAUUCUGCAGAGAAAAGGCUUAACUGCCUGUUUCUUACUAAACUAAACUUGUUGUAAUCUAGUUGUCUGAUGGGAUCUAUAUGAAGUUAGCCGUGUUUGUAUCUCCACUUUCCCCUUCCCAUGCAACUUAUAAUUUGCCUACUAUGCUUGUAGUUGCACCAUCAUUGUAAAUGAAUGAAAUUGUGAGUUAAUAUUACGACAUAGGAUUUCUUUUUGCAAUAAUGUCAGUUCUUUAUAUUUUGCCUGCUCACCUCUAACAAGGGUGAGCUGGAAUACAUCCGUAGAACUUUAUUUGCAAUAAAUAAAAGUGAAUUACACUCUUGUGUUUGGGAUUGUCACAAACUUUUAAGAAACCUAAUCCCUGCCCCAUAAAACUGCCAUGUCUGCGUUAUGCUUAGACUUGACUGCAAUUAAAGAGAUGAAAGGAAUGUACUGAUAUCCACACUCUUUCCACUAUAAAGUAGUGGAUUGGGAUUCCGUCCAUUUUACAGCAGUUUGGCCUUGGUCCGUAUGCACAUCAUUAAAGGCCUUGACAUGGCAGUCACCUCUUAUACACCAGCUGCUUUAUUUUGCUACCCAAGACCUGUGCAAAGCAGUUCAGCGGUGUCCCAACCCUGCGAUGAGAAGCAUGGUGUAAAGUAACCUGUUACACGGAGGGAUUUUCACCUAUGUCCCAGCUGAAUGGUACAAAAUACUUUGGAGCAACUGACGUUCUGUGGCUUAAUGCCCUUAAGGUAAAGUUUGACAAGCUAUCUGCCUCCCGUCUCUUAACUAUGGAUGGGAGUAUCUCCUAUGAACUGACUUUGUAAAUAAAGUACAUGCUUGACCAUUAUUUUAACUAACAAGUUUCCGGUAAGUGUAUACCUCCGUUAAUCCCUUUUACAAAAAGGGAUCUUCCCCUAUUCUAGUCUGAAAUAAAGUACUCCUAAUUUC